GCUACGCGUUGGACGCGAUCUUCGGAAAACAUAUUGAAAUUUCUAAACGAUAAACGAAACGACUGACACACAACCAACAACAAGACAAGGCAUUAACAAAUUAAAAAAUAGAAACAGAAAAAAAAGAGAGGAAAAUAAAAAACGAAAAGAAAUAAAAUAAAAAGCUAAAGCUAAAAAACGCUCAAUACUUUUGUAGUGGUACUUUCGAAUUCUGCGUUUGUGUGUUAUGUGAAUAUAUUUUUUUUAUUGAAAUAAAGUGUUUCUAGUGCUAUUAAUUUGGCUAUUUAAUAUUAACUAUAGUUUGCUUCUAACAAUAUUGCCCAGUUCACCGCGUUUUUUCGUCCGCUUUUUUUAAUUUUGAUUUAUUUGUGAGCAACUUUAAACUCGUUUUUGUACACGUACGUCCAAUUAGUAGGAUAACAUUAACUGUGAUCGAUAAAAGACAUUACUUUUAUAAUAUAUUAAAAUAAAAAACAAAAUAAAUCGAAUUUCAACUAUCUGCGAAUUGACUACUUGCUAAAAUGGUAUCGAAAGGUAGCAAAAAAAAGCAGCAGCAAGUUAGUGUCAGCGGCAGCAGAAAUGCUGCAAGCACAAGCACCUCCAGUUCCUCGACAACUGUACUGCAUACUGCUGGCACGGAGGCAGCAUCGAAAAGCUCGUCGGCGUUGGAAGUGACUACGACAGUGUCGCCUACGUGGACGAAGACCUCAGAGACACUGCAAAAAUCGGAGUCUGCGGCGAGCAACAAAUCGAUGCUAGCAACCACACACUCUGGCACGCAGUCGCAAUCGCAAUCGAAGUUGUUCAAGAGCAGCAGUAGCAGCAGCAGUCACACUGAGUCGAGGUCAGAGCAACAGCAGCGACGCCAGCAAAUUGAGCAACAGCAACAACAACAGCAGGAACAGCUGUACGAGAUCGUCAGCGACACGGGUAGCAUCUAUGGCGGUGAUUUAGCACCAGCCGCCUCCAUAAUGACUGACACAUUGAAAUCGACGAAAGCGUCAUCCUCAUCAUCCUCAUUUCAACAGAAAUCGGAAUACUAUGAAGAGAUCUCGAAUGAUUUUUCCAAUGCUAAGAUAAUAUCAUCCAUCGAUCUGCUUGAGAGCGACAAAAAGGAACCUGUUUUUUCGGUGCCGAUCGAUGUCAUUGAGAUAGUUGGCAGCGGCAGUUCCAGCAUAGGUAAUUACAAAAAGGCUUACUCGUCCUCUUCCCAGUCACAAAGCGGUGUCAUGACCAGCACGAGCAGCUCCAAUUUCGCACAAACCGAGUCCACAAGCAGCAGCAGUAAGGUCGUUGAAGGUGGAAUUACGAUCACCGAUAUGUCCACUGCAAACACAAAGUCUAUUUCGUCUACAUCGAAUACGGCAAAGUCGGGCAAAGUCACAUCUACUAAUGUGGAAAUGACAUCAUCGUCAAACAAGUUUUUAACGAAUGAUGUGAACAACAGUAGCGCCGAAGUAAACAGCUAUACAACGUAUACGACGAUUGAUGGCCAAGCCAUUAAUGGUGCUACAACACCAGCAAUAGCGCCGCUAAUCACAGCGCCUGCAAAAACACAACAAACUUCAACCGCAUUUACAAAAAGUACACACAGCGCAAUCGAUGACGACAGCCAUGUCAUUACCUCUAGCGCACACUCUGCAUUUACAACUCAAGGUGAUAGUACCUCACUGACCAAGGCAGAGAAAAACCUGAAGAGUGACGUAGUUGUUAGUGGUAGCAGCAAGCAAUUAGCUUCCAAUGUAUCCAACAAAUCGACGAAAAAGUCUUCUACAAUAGAACAAAAUAUCUCUGAGCAAACAAUUGAAGAAAGCUCACGGAAGCAAAGCAAGAGCACAUCAAAGAAGGAGGUAUACGAUGUGAAAACUAAAAAAUGGACAGUACUGAAUGAAAAGACCGGCCAUGGCGUUACAAACAAAAAGCAACCGACCAUUGAGCGUUACGUUAGCCGUGAGUCGGACGGCACUUACAAAAUAACGUAUAAAAAAAAAAUAUUCGAUCAGCGUGCGAACAAGUGGAAAAUCGUCGAAGAGAAGACAGUGGAUAGUGCUCAUGACACUCAUUACCCCGAAAUAGUUGAUGAUGUCAUCAAUACGACGACCACAACAUACACAACAAAAGUGUACGACACCAAGACCGGAGAGUGGAAAAUCGUUGAAGAGAAAUCGUUUGUGGACUCAAAAGCUUUCGUGCCAAAUGACAUUGUUCGUGAAAUUGAAAAAGACAAUACUGAUGUGGCGAACAUAACUACCACCACCGAAGUCACAAAGAUAUUUGAUGCUAGCUUGAAUGAUUGGCGAGUCCUAGAUGAGAAAACGCAUACCGAUGUGAUUGAGAGGAUCGUUGAAACGCCCAAAAAGACAAUAUAUGUUGACGAAUUUGUAGAAAUCGAAAAAAAUGUGGCGAUAACUGAAGAUAGUGAAAACAUAACCAAUGAACGCACUAAUACUUCAAAACGCAAGGAUAUCAUCAAGAAUAUCUACGAUGAAGUUGACGAAGUUAAGAGAGAAAAGCUGACUUCUAGCGACUCAAGAAUCCGUGGAGUCGAUAAAAAGGAUACGUUUGGAUCAAAGCACACCGAAAUGUGCAUAUGCGAAAUCUGUACUUGUGGUCGACAUCAUUGCGCCUCAAGCGUUAAGAAGACGGAUGCUAUUAUAGAGACUAUAGAUUUGCUCGAUGAAUCUCAAACACGAAUACGUUCUAAUACUUGGUCUAAACAGGAUUUUGAAGAAUCCCGUUUAAAACUCUUGUAUGAUAUUGAUGAACAAGCCACUUUAAUAAAACCAGUGGACAAUUUAAAACCUGAGGGCGAAUUUUUAGUUCCCGAGAAAAUUCCAUUCCAGCCGGCCGAAAGGAUGGAGCGCAUAACUAGAACAGACAACCUGCGCACUGAAGGUGAAAUGACAUUUACAGAAAAAGAGGAAUACCAAUACGUAACCAGGCCCACCGCAGUUAAACCGGUUGAUAAUCUAAAAUCUGAAGGUGAAUUUUACACCCCUGACAAACCAGGCUAUCAACCAUCGGAACGCCCAAUACAAAAGAAGCCAGUGGAUAAUCUUCGACCUGAAGGUGAAUUUACUGUUCCUGAAAAGAUCUCUUACGAACCAGUCGAACAGACAACACGUAUAAUAAGAAAAGACAAUCUCAAAACAGAAGGAGAAAUGACAUUUGACGUAAAAGAGGAAUACAUAUUUGUGAAUAGACCAGAACAAAUUAAACCAACAGAUAAUCUCAAACCAGAAGGUGAGUUUUAUACUCCGGAAAGACUAGGAUUCAGACCUGCGGAACGUCCAACUCAGAAGAAGCCAGAAGACAAUUUGAGACCAGAUGGAGAAUUCUAUAAACCAGAAACAAUAACGUUUCAACCUGGUGAACGUCCAACACAAGUUAGACCAGAGGACAACCUUCGACCUGAGGGUGAAUUCUACGCUCCUGAAAAACCGGGUUAUCGGCCAGCAGAACGUCCAAUUCAGAAACGACCUGAAGAUAACUUGAGGCCAGAAGGUGAGUUCUAUUCACCAGAAAAACCCAAAUUCGAACCAGGAGAUCGUCCUACACAAGUAAGACAUGCUGACAAUUUGCGACCAGAAGGCGAGUUUUACACUCCGGAAAAACCUGGGUUUAGACCAGCUGAACGCCCCACUCAGAAAAAGCCAGAAGAUAACUUAAAACCGGAAGGAGAAUUCUAUGCUCCCGAAAAGACAAAGUUCCAAGCAGGAGAACGUCCCACACAAGUUAGACCAGAGGAUAACCUUCGACCUGAGGGUGAAUUCUAUACUCCUGAAAAACCUGGGUUCAGGCCUGCUGAACGUCCAACUCAGAAGAAGCCAGAAGACAAUUUGAGAUCAGAAGGAGAAUUCUAUGCACCAGAGAAGACAAAGUUCCAACCAGGAGAACGUCCCACACAAGUUAGACCAGAGGACAACCUUCGACCUGAGGGUGAAUUUUACACUCCAGAUAAACCGGCAUAUCGGUCAGCAGAACGUCCCACACAAGUACGACACGCUGACAAUUUGCGACCAGAAGGUGAGUUUUACACUCCGGAAAAACCUGGGUUCAGGCCUGCUGAACGUCCAACUCAGAAGAAACCAGAAGACAAUUUGAGACCAGAAGGAGAAUUUUAUGCACCAGAGAAGACAAAGUUUCAACCAGGAGAGCGACCAACACAAGUUAGACCAGAGGACAACCUUCGACCUGAGGGUGAAUUCUACACUCCUGAAAAACCUGGGUAUAAGCCUGCCGAACGUCCCACCCAAAAGAAACCAGAAGACAACUUGAAACCUGAAGGAGAGUUUACUGUACCGGAGAGAGAAUCGUAUAAACCUGCCGAAAAAGUUGAACGUAUAAUUAGGAAAGAUAACUUGCGCACAGAAGGUGAAAUGACUUUCGAAACAAAAGAAAAAUACCAAUAUGUUAGUAGGCCCGAACAAGUGAAACCCACCGACAAUCUAAAGCCAGAAGGCGAAUUUUAUACUCCCGAGAAACUAGGCUUCACACCGGCAGAACGGCCAAUUCAGAAACGACCAGAAGAUAAUUUGAGACCGGAAGGUGAAUUCUACUCAACUGAAAACCCCAAAUUCCAACCUGGAGAACGUCCCACACAAGUACGACACGCUGACAAUUUGCGACCAGAAGGCGAGUUUUACACUCCCGAAAAACCUGGGUUUAGACCAGCAGAACGCCCCACUCAAAAGAAGCCAGACGACAACUUAAGACCGGAAGGAGAAUUUUAUGCACCAGAAAAGACAAAAUUCCAACCAGGAGAACGUCCCACACAAAUUAGACCAGAGGAUAACCUUCGACCUGAGGGUGAAUUCUACACUCCUGAAAAACCUGGGUAUAAGCCUGCUGAACGUCCCACCCAAAAGAAACCAGAAGACAACUUGAAACCUGAAGGAGAGUUUACUGUACCGGAGAGAGAAUCGUAUAAACCUGCCGAAAAAGUUGAACGUAUAAUUAGGAAAGAUAACUUGCGCACAGAAGGUGAAAUGACUUUCGAAACAAAAGAAAAAUACCAAUAUGUUAGUAGGCCCGAACAAGUGAAACCCACCGACAACCUAAAGCCAGAAGGCGAAUUUUAUACUCCCGAGAAACUAGGCUUCACACCGGCAGAACGUCCAAUUCAGAAACGACCAGAAGAUAAUUUGAGGCCGGAAGGUGAAUUCUACUCACCAGAGAAACCCAAAUUCCAACCUGGAGAGCGUCCGACACAAGUACGACACGCCGACAAUUUGCGACCAGAAGGCGAGUUUUACACUCCGGAAAAACCUGGCUUUAGACCAGCUGAACGCCCCACUCAGAAAAAGCCAGAAGAUAACUUAAAACCGGAAGGAGAAUUCUAUGCUCCCGAAAAGAAAAAGUUCCAACCAGGAGAACGUCCCACACAAGUUAAACCAGAGGACAACCUUCGACCUGAGGGUGAAUUCUAUACUCCUGAAAAACCUGGCUUUAGGCCUGCUGAACGUCCAAUUCAGAAGAAGCCAGAAGACAAUUUGAGACCAGAAGGAGAAUUUUAUGCACCAGAAAAGACACAGUUCCAACCAGGAGAGCGGCCAACACAAGUUAGACCAGAAGACAACCUUCGACCUGAGGGUGAAUUCUACACUCCUGAAAAACCGGGCUAUCGGCCAGCAGAACGUCCCACACAAGUCCGACACGCUGACAAUUUGCGACCAGAAGGUGAGUUUUACACUCCGGAAAAACCUGGGUUCAUGCCUGCUGAUCGUCCAACUCAGAAGAAGCCAGAAGACAAUUUGAGACCAGAAGGAGAAUUCUAUGCACCAGAAAAGAUAAAGUUCCAACCAGGAGAACGUCCCACACAAGUUAGACCAGAGGACAACCUUCGACCUGAGGGUGAAUUCUAUACUCCUGAAAAACCUGGCUUUAGGCCAGCUGAACGUCCAAUUCAGAAGAAGCCAGAAGACAAUUUGAGACCAGAAGGAGAAUUUUAUGCACCAGAAAAGACACAGUUCCAACCAGGAGAGCGGCCAACACAAGUUAGACCAGAAGACAACCUUCGACCUGAGGGUGAAUUCUACACUCCUGAAAAACCGGGUUAUCGGCCAGCAGAACGUCCAAUUCAGAAACGACCAGAAGAUAAUUUGAGACCGGAAGGUGAAUUCUACUCACCUGAAAAACCCAAAUUCCAACCUGGAGAACGUCCCACACAAGUACGACACGCUGACAAUUUGCGACCAGAAGGCGAGUUUUACACUCCCGAAAAACCUGGGUUUAGGCCAGCAGAACGCCCCACUCAGAAGAAACCAGAAGACAACUUGAAACCUGAAGGAGAGUUUACUGUACCGGAGAGAGAAUCGUAUAAACCUGCCGAAAAAGUUGAACGUAUAAUUAGGAAAGAUAACUUGCGCACAGAAGGUGAAAUGACUUUCGAAACAAAAGAAAAAUACCAAUAUGUUAGUAGGCCCGAACAAGUGAAACCCACCGACAACCUAAAGCCAGAAGGCGAAUUUUAUACUCCCGAGAAACUAGGCUUCACACCGGCAGAACGUCCAAUUCAGAAACGACCAGAAGAUAAUUUGAGGCCGGAAGGUGAAUUCUACUCACCAGAGAAACCCAAAUUCCAACCUGGAGAGCGUCCGACACAAGUACGACACGCCGACAAUUUGCGACCAGAAGGCGAGUUUUACACUCCGGAAAAACCUGGCUUUAGACCAGCUGAACGCCCCACUCAGAAAAAGCCAGAAGAUAACUUAAAACCGGAAGGAGAAUUCUAUGCUCCCGAAAAGAAAAAGUUCCAACCAGGAGAACGUCCCACACAAGUUAGACCAGAGGACAACCUUCGACCUGAGGGUGAAUUCUAUACUCCUGAAAAACCUGGCUUUAGGCCAGCUGAACGUCCAAUUCAGAAGAAGCCAGAAGACAAUUUGAGACCAGAAGGAGAAUUUUAUGCACCAGAAAAGACACAGUUCCAACCAGGAGAGCGGCCAACACAAGUUAGACCAGAAGACAACCUUCGACCUGAGGGUGAAUUCUACACUCCUGAAAAACCGGGUUAUCGGCCAGCAGAACGUCCAAUUCAGAAACGACCAGAAGAUAAUUUGAGACCGGAAGGUGAAUUCUACUCACCUGAAAAACCCAAAUUCCAACCUGGAGAACGUCCCACACAAGUACGACACGCUGACAAUUUGCGACCAGAAGGCGAGUUUUACAAUCCGGAAAAACCUGGCUUUAGACCAGCUGAACGCCCCACUCAGAAAAAGCCAGAAGAUAACUUAAAACCGGAAGGAGAAUUCUAUGCUCCCGAAAAGAAAAAGUUCCAACCAGGAGAACGUCCCACACAAGUUAGACCAGAGGACAACCUUCGACCUGAGGGUGAAUUCUAUACUCCUGAAAAACCUGGCUUUAGGCCAGCUGAACGUCCAAUUCAGAAGAAGCCAGAAGACAAUUUGAGACCAGAAGGAGAAUUUUAUGCACCAGAAAAGACACAGUUCCAACCAGGAGAGCGGCCAACACAAGUUAGACCAGAAGACAACCUUCGACCUGAGGGUGAAUUCUACACUCCUGAAAAACCGGGUUAUCGGCCAGCAGAACGUCCAAUUCAGAAACGACCAGAAGAUAAUUUGAGGCCGGAAGGUGAAUUCUACUCACCAGAGAAACCCAAAUUCCAACCAGGAGAACGUCCCACACAAGUACGACACGCUGACAAUUUGCGACCUGAAGGCGAGUUUUACACUCCCGAAAAACCUGAAUUCAGGCCUGCUGAUCGUCCAACUCAGAAGAAGCCAGAAGACAAUUUGAGACCAGAAGGAGAAUUCUAUGCACCAGAAAAGACAAAUUUUCAACCAGGAGAACGUCCCACACAAGUUAAACCAGAGGACAACCUUCGACCUGAGGGUGAAUUCUAUACUCCCGAAAAACCUGGGUUCAGGCCUGCUGAUCGUCCAACUCAGAAGAAGCCAUUAGACAAUUUGAGACCAGAAGGAAAAUUCUAUGCACCAGAAAAGACAAAGUUCCAACCAGGAGAGCGGCCAACACAAGUUAGACCAGAAGACAACCUUCGACCUGAGGGUGAAUUCUACACUCCUGAAAAACAGGGUUAUCGGCCAGCAGAACGUCCAAUUCAGAAACGACCAGAAGAUAAUUUGAGGCCGGAAGGUGAAUUCUACUCACCAGAGAAACCCAAAUUCCAACCUGGAGAGCGUCCGUCACAAGUGCGACACGCUGACAAUUUGCGACCAGAAGGCGAGUUUUACACUCCGGAAAAACCUAUGUUUAGACCAGCUGAACGUCCCACUCAGAAAAAGCCAGAAGAUAACUUGAAACCGGAAGGAGAAUUCCAUGCUCCCGAAAAGAUAAAGUUCCAACCUGGAGAACGUCCUACACAAGUUAGACCAGAGGAUAACCUUCGACCUGAGGGUGAAUUUUACUCUCCUGAAAAACCGGGUUAUCGGCCGGCAGAACGACCCACACAAGUACGACACGCUGACAAUUUACGACCAGAAGGCGAGUUUUACACUCCAGAAAAACCCGGGUUUAGUCCAGCUGAACGCCCCACUCAGAAGAAACCAGAAGACAACUUAAGACCGGAAGGAGAAUUCUAUAAACCCGAGAAAUCCAUAUAUCGACCAGCUGAGCGUCCAACCCAAAAGAAACCUGAGGACAAUUUGAAACCGGAAGGAGAGUUUACUGUACCAGAGAGAGAAUCGUAUAAACCUGCAGAAAAAGUUGAACGUAUAAUUAGGAAAGAUAACUUGCGCACAGAAGGUGAAAUGACUUUCGAAACAAGAGAAGAAUACCGAUUUGUCAAUAGGCCCAAACAAGUGAAACCCACCGAUAAUCUAAAAUCAGAAGGGGAAUUUUAUACCCCCGAGAAACCAGGUUUCACACCGGCAGAGCGUCCAAUACAGAAGCGACCAGAAGACAAUUUACGUCCAGAAGGUGAUUUCACUGUUCCCGAAAAAGAAAUCUAUAAACCUGCGGAAAAAACUGUACGUGUAGUAAGAAAAGACAAUCUACGUUCAGAAGGAGAAAUGAUUUUUGAAGCGAAAGAAGAAUAUCAGUUUGUAAACAGACCUGACCAAGUCAAACCGAUAGAUAAUCUUAAAACGGAAGGAGAAUUCUAUACACCAGAAAAGCCUGGUUUUAAGCCUGCGGAAAGAGCUGAACGUAUUAUUAGGAAAGAUAAUUUGCGAUCUGAGGGCGAGAUGACUUUUGAAACAAAAGAGGAAUAUAAAUUUGUCAUUAGGCCAGAACAAGUGAAACCCACUGAUAAUCUAAAACCGGAGGGCGAUUUCUAUGCUCCGGAAAAAGCGAGGUAUCAACCAGCUGAGAAACCAUUGGUUAUUAGACAUGAAGAUAAUUUGAAACCGGAAGGGGAGUUUUAUGCACCAGAAAAACCGAAAUUCCAACCGGGAGAGCGUCCAUCACAAGUAAAGCAUGUAGACAAUCUACGGCCAGAGGGAGAAUUUUAUACACCAGAGAAACCUGGGUAUAAACCAGCCGAACGCCCAAAACAGAAACGACCGGAGGAUAAUUUGAAGCCUGAAGGCGAAUUCUAUUCUCCAGAAAAGCCCAAAUUCCAACCGGGAGAGCGUCCGACACAGGUAAAGCAUUUAGACAAUCUACGGCCAGAGGGAGAAUUUUAUACACCAGAGAAACCUGGGUAUAAACCAGCCGAACGCCCAAAACAGAAACGACCGGAGGAUAAUUUGAAGCCUGAAGGCGAAUUCUAUUCUCCAGAAAAGCCCAAAUUCCAACCGGGAGAGCGUCCGACACAGGUAAAGCAUUUAGACAAUCUACGGCCAGAGGGAGAAUUUUAUACACCAGAGAAACCUGGGUAUAAACCAGCCGAACGCCCAAAACAGAAACGACCGGAGGAUAAUUUGAAGCCCGAAGGAGAAUUUUAUUCUCCCGAGAAACCCAAAUUCCAACCCGUAGAGCGUCCAGCACAAGUAAAGCAUGCAGACAACCUGCGACCUGAAGGAGAUUUGUAUACACCAGAGAAACCUGGUUUUAAGCCUGCGGAAAGAGCUGAACGUAUUAUUAGGAAAGAUAAUUUGCGAUCUGAGGGCGAGAUGAUUUUUAAAACAAAAGAAGAAUAUAAAUUUGUAAUCAGACCUGAACAAGUGAAGCCUACUGACAAUUUGAAGGCUGAAGGGGAAUUCUAUUCCCCAGAAAAGCCCAAAUUCCAACCGGGAGAGCGCCCGACACAAGUAAAACAUGUAGACAAUCUACGGCCGGAGGGAGAAUUUUAUACACCAGAUAAACCUGGGUAUAAACCAGCCGAACGCCCCACACAGAAACGACCGGAGGAUAAUUUGAAACCUGAAGGAGAAUUCUAUUCUCCAGAAAAGCCGAAAUUCCAACCGGGAGAGCGUCCGACACAAGUUAAACAUGCAGACAACCUGCGACCUGAAGGAGAGUUUUAUACACCAGUUAAACCUGGGUAUAAACCAGCCGAUCGGCCUGUUCAGAAAAAGCCCCAAGAUAACCUUAAGCCAGAGGGUGAAAUUAUUCUACCAGAAAAAACGGCAUUUAGACCGGCUGAAAAAAGUGAGCGCAUUAUAAGAAAGGAUAACCUUCGUACAGAAGGAGAAAUUAUAUUCAGUGAAAAAAAGAAGUAUGAGUUUGUUGAAAAGCCGGACCAAAUAAAACCUAUAGAUAACUUGAAACCUGAAGGAGAAUUUUAUAAGGUAGAGAAGCCUUCAUACAAGCCGGGUGAACGGCCGGUUGUAAAAAAACCCAAAGACAAUUUAAGGGUGGAGGGUGAAUUUACCGUACCCGAGAAAACAUCGUUUAAGCCAGCUGAGAAAACAAAACGCAUCUUCAGGAAAGAUAAUUUGCAUGUGGAAGGAGAAAUGAGUUUUUCAGAGAAAAAGCAAUAUCAAUAUGUGAAUAGACCUGAUAAAGUUGUACCCUCUGAUAACUUGAAACCGGAGGGUGAAUUUUACACUCCCGACAAACCUGGAUAUAAACCGGCUGAAACAGUGAGACGAGUCAUUCACAAAGAUAAUUUGAGAAUGGAGGGGGAUAUGACCUUUACAGAAACGGAGAAACACGUCAGUGUUAAGAGACCGGAAAAGAUUGUGCCACGUAACAAUCUUAAACCUGAAGGAGAUUUUUACACUAAGGAAAAACCACAAUAUCAGCCGGCAGAGCGACCAAAACAAGUAAAACCGGAAGAUAAUCUUAAACCAGAAGGGCAGAUGUAUAUUUCAUCUACUGAUAGAACCGAUUCUAAACAUUUGAAAACCACUGCUGAAAAAGUGGUUGUAAAACGUCCAGUAGACAAUCUUAAACUUGAGGGUACUCUCCAGGUUUCCAGAAGAGAUGACUAUAAUGCAAAGCAAAGUUCACGAUUAGACACCAAUAAAGUAGUACAGAAGACUGUCCGUUCGAAAUAUUCGCAUAAUAAAUCAUCUAUAACUCUUGGGGAGGAUACUGCCAUUUUAAAGACGACCAAUCAAAUGAGUUUUGUAUCUGGCAAACAAACAAUUCCUGCCUCAAAUGCGAGUUCGGAAAAGCCCGUUGACGGGUUAGUUGUAGUAUCCACGAAAAGGGUAACUACAGUAAUAGGUGGUCGGGUUAAGAAGGAACCUGAAACAGAAUAUGUUAAACGACAAGAGAGAGUGAAUGUCAUUGAAAACGUUGCCAAGACCAAUAAUGUUAAGAAUAUUGUAAAUGUCGAAAAUAAACACGAUGAGGCAAUAUCUAUGACGGAAAAUCGCAUUAGAAAGGAAAAUAAAAUGAUUGAUACUCGCACAAAUGCUUCUAAAGAGUCUACGUCAACACAAUACAGAACUAAUAAAGUUGGCAACUCAUCCGAAAGAGUAUUAUCGAGUUCAACAAUGGGACAUGUCACGGGUCAGACACUCUCCACGCAAUGUAAGUUUGUCCCUGUGGAGAGCUCAUCAGCGAAUUUGAAUACUGUUGCAUCGGCUAGAAAUAGUUCAGAUCAAAUACAUUCCACACAACAAAAGUCCUCAGCCGUUGAAACUGCCUCAACCAAAACAACGUCAAGCUCUUCAGCUGCUACAAUGUCCAAACAUUUUCACCAUCGAAGAAGCGACUUCACUGCCGACACAAACGUUACAAACUCAGUAUUUCAUCGGAAAACUAUUUCCAACGAUUCCAAUCAGAUAGGCAGUGUUACUUCGAAUGGUAAAAUUCAUCGCAAGAGUAUUUUAAACUUGCACGAGGAGCCAUCAAGUUCGGUUUUCCCCAGUGAACGUCAAAGUUACAGCAGUAUUCAUAGACAGAGUAGAGAACAACAAGAUAACAAUAAUUCAUUUUUGUCAAGUGAACGUCGUCAACAUAACAUCCUCAGCCAAUCUCAGAAUAGAGACCAGACUUCGAAGUCCUGCAGUGUUCAUAAAACAUCGUCUUCCAGUGGUAUAGAAUUUCCAUCGUACAGCAAACAUUCCGAAAGAACUGUAUCCCGUAGAAACGUGAACCAAUCAUCCAUUUCUUUCGGUAUGGACGGAGCUUCGUCUACAACUCUAUAUCGUAGUGAAUAUAAAACGGUUCCAUCUACAACUUGUGCUAUACACAAAAUCAAAGAAGGUGCAUUCCAACAUACAAGAAAUACGAACGAACAUAAAUUUUUUAAAACCGUUAAGAACUAAAUAAUUAACCCACACACAAUUUUGAAACGCAUGCGCCGACAUGCAAAUGUUUUAUCUCUAAUAUUAUAUGUAAAUAUUAAGCAUGCAUAAUUGCCACAUACAAGUAUAUAUACAUAUGUAUUUAAUAAUAAAUUCUACAAUUAUACAUACAUAAAAUUUAACAUCCACA